UACUCGCUGGGUGUUAAGUUUAUAAAAUAAGUUAGAAAAUCUUAUGAUCUCGAGCUGGUCUCAGCAAAUAUUAACUUUAGAACUAAGAUGAAUGUAAAUCCUAGACGGACGAGGGUCUUUUUAAUGGAACAAACUUUACGUAUUCAUUUACAGCCAGAGUGAAGUCAACUUUACACAAUAAUUGGCAUGAGGAUUAAGAAGGGACAUCCCCGAUAAGAACUGUGCUUGUUUAAAUUCUCGUAUGGCGGCCAAUAUUACUCAAGUGUUCACAAAUGAUUCCAAUAAUGAAACGCACGUUAACAAAUCUGGAUACAAUCAAGCCGAAAGUAUUAUUAUAACUAUAAUUUUGAUAGCAAUUAUUAUCGGAACAAUAGUGGGUAACAUCCUAGUGUGUGUUGCUGUUUGUCUAGUCAGAAAGCUGCGUAGACCGUGUAACUAUUUACUCGUGAGUCUAGCCGUGAGUGACCUCUGCGUCGCUAUUCUUGUAAUGCCCAUGGCUACGUUCUACGAAAUAAAAGGUAGAUGGAUAUUUGGAGAAAUCGUAUGCAACUUAUGGGUGAGCUUCGACGUCCUCAGCUGUACGGCCUCGAUUUUAAAUUUGUGUAUGAUCAGCGUGGACCGAUACUACGCAAUAACGAAGCCUUUAGAAUAUGGAGUGAAGCGGACUCCCAAACGAAUGAUCCUCUGGGUGAUACUAGUGUGGUGCUUCGCGGCCUGUAUUUCUUUGCCACCUUUACUUAUAAUCGGAAACGAACAUUCGGAAAUCGAGGAAAAUGGGGAGCGCAAUAACGAAGUGUGUUUAGUUUCGCAAGACUUUGGUUACCAGUUGUACGCGACGAUGUGUAGUUUUUAUAUCCCGCUCACUGUGAUGAUGGUAGUUUAUUAUAAAAUAUUUCGAGCAGCCAGGAGGAUAGUGAACGAAGAGAAGAGGGCUCAAAGUCACCUAGAGUCUCAUUGUUAUCUGGAGAUAAGCGUCAAGAAUGGCGGAGGACCUCCCGAAAACAAGAUUUCUAGUCAGUCCCCUUCCCCCGCUAAUCCCUCUAGGGUUAAUCACAGAUCAAGCUCGGCGAGCACAAAUACAAUGUGUAGUCUGGAUAAAACGACAUUGGGACGCUGUUUCAAAUCCAGGCAUAGCAACGAAUCGCAGUGCCCUAUGUUGUCGAAUAAGUCAGCAGCCAAGCAGACCAACAAACAACCAAAGCAAAAACUGCUCCCAACCGUAAAAACCUCCCCAAGUACAAACAGCAAUCAAAAGAAACUCCGGUUUCAGUUAGCCAAAGAGAGAAAGGCCAGUACUACCCUGGGCAUAAUAAUGAGUGCUUUCACCUUUUGCUGGUUACCGUUCUUCGUGUUGGCACUUGUACGGCCAUUUUUAGAGACCACGAACGCUUUAAAGACGUUAGGUAGUUUGUUUCUGUGGCUGGGCUAUGCGAACAGUUUGCUCAACCCCAUAAUUUACGCAACGCUCAACAGAGACUUUAGGAAACCCUUCCAGGCCAUUUUGUACUUCCGAUGUGGCAGCUUAAACCACAUGAUGAGAGAAGAGUUCUAUCAUAGUCAAUACGGAGAUCCGGAUCACCAUAUAAAUAGGUGUCACAUGGACUACGAGGAGGGAGUGGAAUACAUUGAAGCGGACGGAGAAGAAAUCAAAGUUCCUGAAACGGACACUGCGCACGAGUCGUUUCUAUGA